AUGCCAGCCCUAUAUCCUCGAUACUGCUCUGGUUACUUUGGGGAUAAUGACUGCUAUUCCACCUGGGACUCUUGGGGUCGCUGGGUAGCGUUCGCCGUGAUCGUCGGUGUAGCCUUCCUAAUCUUCUUCGGUUUCGCAUGCUUCAACGCACGCCGUCGCCGAAAUCAUGGCCAACGCCCUCUCACAGGAACGGGAUGGAUGGCUCCUCCUCCGGGCCCUCCUCCGCCAAAUCAACCCAUCUACCAGCAACCCCCAUAUGGCGACCCCUACUACCAGCAAAAUGCGCCCCCUCAAUACACCCCGAACCCUCAGAACUACGGCUACUUUGGUGCGCAAAACGCACCACCACAACAGCAAGGCAUCGAGUUGCAGCAGCCUCCGAAUGCGUACACUGCCAACAGUCCCCACGGAUAUGCGCCGCCUCCUGGUCCGCCGCCCAACGGCAAUAAGGACUAA